AUGGACAUCAAUUCGUUGCUUUCACCACAGGAAUCGAAUUCCCAGUCGGGACGCUCGACACCCGGCUCUGCGCCAACUUCCGCGCCGUCGUCCGGUCCAUCGCAGAAGGGUUUCCGGCGAGGCGGUCGCGCGACUGGUGGACGAGGAGGAAUGACCUCGUCUCCGCUUGCGCAACAUGUUCUUGCACCGCCGAACAUUCCCGAACCCUCCCCUCCUGCCGUGAGUCCGUCGGUUGGUCCAAACAUGGGAGGAGGGAGGGGAACUCCCCCGGCGACUGAACUGCCCGCGUCUCGACAGCCUUCGACUCCGGGAAUGGAUACACUGGCGGAUUUGGCGUCGAUGCAGCACCACCAGCCGGCCCGCUCGAGCGCCCCGAUCAUGCGAGGCGAAUCCUACGAGAGCCAGCUUUCUCCGUCGACGAUGUUUCCGAACGUGAAUCCCAUCGUACAUAACACUCCCACCCCGCGUUCGUCGUUUGAUAUCGCAAUGUCUGAUGGCCCGAAGAGAGAUUACGCCAAGACAUCUAUAAAAUCCGACGCGCAACUUGCGACCGAGCUUUUUCAGCAAAUCCAAGAAAACCCCCACUCGUACACUGCGCACGUCAGCUUUAUUCGGCUUCUGCAUGCUGGAUUCAUGAACCACGUCUAUCCUCCUAACAACCCCGAAAUUCACGGCGAUCCGCAUCGUUAUGAUUUGCUCAAAGACAUGCGGACCGCGCGCGAGGAAAUGGACAAGCUGUUUGCUAUGGGCGAGGAUCUAUGGGCUGAAUGGAUUCAGGAUGAAAGCAUGCUGGCAGGCAACGUGAAUGAACGCAUCGCGGUUAUGGAUCUCUGUCAACGGUCCGUUGAAGAAGAAUACGGGAGUACGAAAUUGUGGAGCAUUUACGGUGAAUGGCUUUUGUAUCUCUACAACGCCGCCCACGGGGAAGCUGGCCACAGUCAAUGGACAGAGGAGGACAGGAUGAUUGGUCGCGAGGUUUUCACCUUCCAACUCGUUCUGGAUGUUUGGCAGAGAGGUGCGGAAGCAACUCGAUGGAGGAUCAAUGACAGCCACUUGGUCUGGGAUCGGUUCCUCGAACUUCAGUUACGUGGACUCUCACACGCUCCUUCGCAGGAGAAGCUCAACCAUGUGCGUGGGCUCUUUGAAGUCCGACUUCACACGCCCCACGCUACCUGGGAGCAGACAUUCCAAGCAUUUUCGAGCUUUAUCUCAACGUACUAUAACGCCAAUUACGAGGAGAUCAUGUCGAAUACAGCGGCGCAUACAUCGGAAGCGAAGAACAAGUAUAGAGCUCGCGAGGAUAUUGAAAUUCGCCUCCGAAAUGCGGUGGAAGCGGGCGACAUGGCUCAAGAAUGGGCUGUUUACUCGGAGUAUGUGGAUUGGGAGCUCAGUCGGAAUCGGAGACGACGCCAGUUCAGUUUCGAUUUGGUCAAUGCUGUCUAUCAACGCGCCGUCUUGCGGUUCCCGGUCGACGCCAAUAUGUGGGAGGAUUAUGUGAUGUUUCUUAGCGACGAGUCCACGCAUAAGAAUACCAACAUGACUACAGUAUCCACCCUCGACCGCGCGACACGCCACUGUCCGAGCUCCGGCACUCUCUGGUCGCAGUAUCUGCUCAGUUCGGAACGCGAGCUGCAGUCCUUUUCCAAGAUCGCCGACAUCAAGCACAAGGCUACCAGCACUGGAUUGCUCGAUGUGGGCGGAAUGGAGGAGGUGCUCAAAGUACACACAACAUGGUGCAGUUAUCUUCGCCGGCGAGCCUUUGCGACUGAUUCCACUGACGAAGACAUUGAUGUCGCUGAAGUCGGUAUUCGUUCUGCUAUUGAAGAUGUUCAAGACCUUGGCGAAAAGAAGUACGGCCGAUCGUAUCAAGGAGAUCCGUUGUUCCGCCUUGAACGCAUCUACAUUCGUUACCUGAGCGAGAGUGGUAGCUGGGACAGUGCACGGGAAACCUUCAAAGGUUUGGUGGGACGCCGUGGCAACAGUUAUGAGUUCUGGCUCACCUAUUAUUCGUGGGAGUUGAUUUCGUGGAGCAAGUUUGUGCAAGGCGAGGCGACUGCCGAUGCAGCUCGAAGGACACCCAAUCCGUCAUUUGCAACCGCCGUUUUGAAACAAGCGACCAAGCGGACCGAUUUGGACUGGCCCGAGAAGAUCAUGCAGGCCUAUAUUGCUCAUUGUGAAGACUAUGAGGAUUCGGAUGAGCUACAAUUGGCGAUGUUGGCGACGCGCAAAGCCAUGAGAGCUGUCAACGCUCGUCGCGAACGUGAGGCCAGAGAAGCCGCUGCACAACAUCAGGCUCUGAUUCAGCAAGCAGCGGCGUCGACCGAACCUGUCCAACAAGAGAAACGGAAGCGAGAAGAUGAAGCAGAAUCGAACAAUUUACCUGAGCAGAAGAAGGCGCGCGCAGAGGAACCAGUUCCGGUCGUCAAGACUGAACCACAACCCGAGCUCGAGUCUGUUCCUUUACGGCGCGAUCGCGAGAAUGCAACCGUUAUUGUUAAGAAUCUUCCCCAUCAUAUUACAGAACACCGGGUGCGGCAGUUUUUCCGACAUUACGGAAACAUCAUGGGAGUCAAGAUGCUGCCUGGCGAGGACAGAAAUUCGGAAGUCGCCAUUAUCGAGUUUGAUACGAAAGAUGAAGCUCUCAUGGCGCAAACUCGUGACCAAAAAAUUAUCGAUGAAAACACCAUUCAAGUACAGCUCGGGUCGGGCUCGACGCUAUAUGUUACUAACUUCCCACCCUCCGCUAAUGAGGAAUACAUUAAGAACCUGUUCCGUGGUCAUGGCGAAAUUGUCGACAUUCGUUGGCCAUCACUCAAGUACAAUACUCACCGGCGCUUCUGCUACGUGCAAUUUAGGGACCCUAUCCAAGCUCGUAAAGCAACGGAACUCGACGGAUCGAAAGUUGGUACGGAUCUGCAGCUCGUUGCUAAGAUUUCGGAUCCCGGCCGUAAACAAGAGCGUCAUGGUCCUAUGUACGAGGGGCGGGAGGUUCAUGUAUCGAAUAUCGAUUGGAAAGCUAGUGAGGAUGAUGUUAAGGAGGUGUUUUCGAAGUAUGGCACUGUGGAGUCGGUGCGCAUUCCGAGAAAAGUUGAUGGUGGAAGCAAGGGAUUUGGUUAUGUUGUGUUUUCUUCUAAGGAUGAAGCAAAUGCCGCGCUUGCGAUGCACGAACAAGAAUUCCGCUCUCGGCAACUACAAGUGCAACUAUCCAGUCCUCAAGGUAUGAAGCGCAGUUCCACGACUAUUGUCAACCGUGUUGGAGGCUCGCGAUCUCCGUCCGUUGAAGCGAACGGCAAAGCAGACCCAGAAGUUCCGACUGGCGAACGUGCGGCUCGAACUGUCGGGUUGAUGAAUGUCCCUGACACCGUUAACGACGCACGGAUUCGCGCACUGGUGGAGCCGUAUGGAAAACUAGUCAAGGUUAUCUUACGACCCGACCAUCGAGGUGCGAUUGUGGAAUAUGCAGAUGUGCACGUUGCAGGCAAGGCUUCAUUAGAACUGGAGGGCCAGGAGAUUGCGCCUGGGCGUCACUUGCGUGUUGGAACGGUUCCGGAGAUGCUCAAGCAGUCCGCGGAGAGGAAAAACACGCGUGCAAUGCACUCGGAUCUGUCCAAGGAGAAGAACAACACAGGAUCACUUGCUCCGCCUAGCGUGGUUAGACGUCCGCAACAGCCCGGACGCGGAAGUGGAAGACGCGGUGGAUUAGGAGUAAAGCGCGGAGGAGCGUCAACACAGGCACGCAAUGGAUCUACAGAAGGAAAAGGGAACGGCAAUGGCACGACGACAACGACAGAAAAUGCUCCCCCAACUGAGGGAGGGACAACGACGACGAAAAAGAGCAAUGACGAUUUCCGUGCGAUGAUCCAGCGGAGUCAACCAAGUCAAGAUCAAGCGGAGUGA